AUGGAUGGUGCUGCCGGAGCCCGCGAGCUGAAGGUGCUGGGCGCCUGGGCGAGCCCGUUCGUGCUGCGGGUGCGGGUGGCGCUGCACCUCAAGGGGCUGGACUACGAGUACGUGGAGCUGGACCUCACCGACAAGAGCGACCUGCUCCUCGCCACCAACCCCGUCCACAAGAAGGUGCCCGUGCUCCUCCACGGCGGUAAGCCGGUGUGCGAGUCCAUGCUCAUCGUGGAGUACCUCGACGAGGCCUUCCGCGGCGCCGGCCCGGCGUCGUUCCUCCCGGCCGACCCUCACGGCCGCGCCGUCGCUCGUUUCUGGGCCGCCUACGUCGACGGCGAGCUGCUGAGCUCGUGGUUGGCGAUCUACGCGGCGAGGACGGAGGAGGAUAAGGCGGAGGCGGGGGCGCGGAUGCUCGGCGCGGUCGACGCGCUGGAGGGCGCGCUCGCAGACGCGCAGCGCACUGGUAGCGAGAACGGGUGGUUCGGCGGCGACGGCGUCGGCUUGGUGGACCUCGCGCUCGGCGGAUUCGUGCCGGCGAUACAGGCGUCAGAGCCCACGACCGGGCUCAGGAUCGUGGACCCCGCCAGGGCGCCGCGGCUGGCUGCGUGGGCGGACCGGUUCUGCGCGCUCGACGCGGCGAAGGCCGCCUUGCCGCCGAUCGAACGGCUGGUCGAGAUGGGCAGGAAGAGGAUCGCCGAGCCACACGCGGCGACGGCGACUGAAGAUGCAAGCAAAUAA